ACAGCUAGCCGAGUCUUAUUUGUUCUCUGGGAAGAGGGCAAAAGCUUGUGAGGGCAGGAAUCCAAAUAGGGUCCCAGUGGUCAAGCUGGAGAAAGGAGGACUGGACAGAACAGAGAGGCUGCUAAAAACAGCUGCUGAGUUGGCUUCCAGUUCUCUUCAAAACAAUCCCUCUGAUUCUAGAGGGAAACUUGAAUCAUGAAGCUAAUUACUAUACUGUUCCUCUGCUCCAGGCUGCUCCCAAGUUUAGCACAGGAAGAAACCACCCAAGAAAUCGACUGCAAUGAUGAGGAUGUGUUUCAUGCUGUGGACGCUGCUCUGAAGAAGUACAAUGCUAGGAACCAAACUGGCAACCAGUUUGUGUUGUACCGAGUGACGGAGGGCACUAAAAUGGUUGGUUCUGACACAUUUUACUCCUUCAAGUACCAGAUCAAGGAGGGCAACUGCCCUGUUCAGAGUGGCCUCACCUGGCAGGACUGUGACUACAAGGACGCCGAGGAAGCCGCCACUGGAGAAUGUACAGCGACAGUGGGGAAGAGGGGCGCUAAGAAAUUCUCUGUAGCUACCCAGACUUGCAAGAUUACUCCAGGAAAUGGACCCAUAUUGACAGCCCAAUACACCUGUCUGGGUUGUGUACACCCCAUACCACCUGAUAGCCCUGAACUGGAGCCUGUCCUGAAACACGCAGUAGAGCAUUUCAACAACCACACAAAGCAUUCCCACCUCUUUGCUCUUGAAGAAGUAAAAGCAGCCCAGAGACAGGUGGUGGCUGGAAUGAAUUUUGAAAUCACCUACUCAAUUGUGCAAACUAAUUGUUCAAAGGAGCAGUUUCCAUUCUUAUCUGCAGAGUGCAAAUCACUUGCGGAUGGAGAUGUUGGGGAGUGUACAGAUAACGCCUUUGUGGAUAUCAAACAAAACAUUGCUGACUUCUCACAAAGCUGUGACAUCUAUCCAGGAGAGGAUUUGACACAACCACUUCCCGAGGGCUGCUUUGGAUGCCCCAAGAGCAUACCUGUAGAUAGCCCGGAGUUGACAGAGCCUCUCGGUCAUGCCAUCAAAAAGCUUAACACAGAGAAUAACCAUUCUUUCUAUUUCAAGAUUGACACAGUGAAAAAAGCCACAUCCCAGGUGGUAGCUGGAAUGAAGUAUUUCAUUGAGUUCAUAGCCAGAGAAACCAAAUGUUCGAAGGAGAAUAACACAGAACUGAAAGAAGAUUGUGAGGUCAAGUCCCUUGGUCAAAGUCUCAGCUGCAGUGCUAACGUGUACAUGAGACCUUGGGAGAACAAAGUCGAACCAACUGUCAAGUGCCAAGUAUUAGAAGUGAUGAUGAGGAGACCGCCAGGCUUUUCACCUUUCCGGUCAGUCCAAUUCCAAGAAGCAAAAGAAGGAACAACUGUAAGUCCACCCUAUACUGCCAUGGUGCAAGAAGAGCAGGAUGCAGAGCAUGAGCGAAGACCUGCUGAUGGGCAUGAGAAACAGAAAAAGCAUAAGAUUGACCACGGUCAUAAGCAUGGGCAUGACCAAGGCCAUUGGCCUCCAAAGACACAUGGCCUUGGCCAUGGACAUCAGAAGCAACAUGGCCUUGGCCGUGGACAUCAGCUUAAAUUGGAUUAUCUUAAACCCCAAAAGGAAGACAGUUUUGACCAUGAACAUAGAGAGGAACGUGUUCAUAAGCAUGGUCAUGGCCAUAGUAAACACAAAAAUCAUAACAGAAACAGUGGCAAGCACACUGAGCAGAGAGCAGAGCCUUUGGCAGGCACUUCUGUAGACAGCUCUACAUCCUCUACACAGACACAGGGCAGGACCACCCCUAGCCCUCCUCUAGCUCAGCCCAGUGUCGCGGUUACCCCUUCUGACUUUCAGAACUCAGAUUUAAUUGAUGGUGUGGUGGCUACCACACCACCAUAUGCCGUGGAGAUCCAUGAUGAUUUGAUCCCUGAAAUCCAUGUACAACCAGAUAGCCUUUCAUUUAAGCUGAUAUCUGACUUUCCAGAAGCAAUGUCCCCCAAAUGUCCUGGACGCCCAUGGAAGCCAGUUAGUAGAAAGGAUCCAACCACAGAAAUGGGAGAAUUUUCUGAUUUUGAUCUCACUGAUGCUCUUUCUUAACUUAUACAGCCUACUAGCGCAGAGAGAAAGCAUCCAGCUGACCUUCCUCUUCUACUGUUGUCCCAGAAGCCUCUCCUUGUCUCAAAAAGUCAUCUCCAACUCAAUGUCUGUCUCCUCUGUUGCUUCUGAGUCUCUCUAUCCAUCCU